AUAUUUGUUGAAAGCCAACGAGAAAAAAGAGAGAAAAAAAAGAAAAAAAAAACAGAAAAAAGAAUUUCCCUUUUGCAAAUCAAGAAGAGGGAAAGGAGAGAUUGAGCCAAAACCAGUCUCUCUUUUCUUCAACUCUUUUCUAUCCCUUUUUUUAUUGUACUAAACUUGUCUUUCCCCCCAUCCAAAACAAACUCAUAUUUGCAAUAAUUCUUUUGUUCUGUUUUUACAGUCAUUUGAUUGAUGUUCCUCUGCAUCCUACCCAAUCCCAUAUAAAUUGUUCUGUUUUGUUUUUCAUUUUGGUUACCUGUGGUGUGUUCCCUUGUGAAUUGUCCUCUCCUCAUGGACGCCGCCGACAUUAGCCGCAUUCGAGCGCUGUCGUCCCCGGAAUUAGCACAUGCCUCAACCAGCCAUCGACAACACCCUGCGGAUCACAUUUUUGUGGGAGUGGCUACAAAUGUGAAGCUGUUACUGAAGCUAGUGCAUGAGCACAAAGAUGGUUCUGUGAAAGGCAACAAUGGGAAUGGAAAUGGGAGUAGAGAUCAAAGGAUUAGUGAGAUGAUGCAGAUAAUUGAUGAAGUGAAAUCCCAACUCCAGAAAUGUCAGUGUGUUGGUAAGAGGAGGGAAGCAGAGCUGAGGAGGUGUAACACGGAUCUUAGGCGAAACGUGCCGAGGGAGAAAAAGCCUAACGAACCGAUAACAGACGAGAAAGAGAGGCUGAGGAGAGAGCUGAAUGCAAGCAGAGCUGCGCGGAAGAGCCUCGAAAGCAUAUGCUCGAGCAUCGGAAAAGAGAAGGAGAUCAUCGCCAAGGAGUUGGCUAAGACGGUACAACGAUUGCACGGAAUGGAAGAACAUGUCAAUGAUCUCAAAGCACAAAAUGAGAUGCUAAUGACCAAAGUUCAAGCUUGUGUUGCGGAGCACAGAGUGAAGAAGAGCAACAAUGUAUCUGUGCCUGAUGCUCAGGGCAACAUUGAAGCCCUCCAGAAGAGAAACAAGGUCCUCACCGAGCAGCUUCUCAAGUCCCUCGACGCGUACCGCUCCUUGAAGCGCAAGCUCAAGGAUUCCCAAGACAAAAGGCAAGGGGCCAAUGCCAAAAUGGAAGAAAUGGGAGUCCGGGUUCGGGCAGGACUCAACAGGAUUCACAGUUUCAAAGAAAUGAUCAACCAGAACGACGAGGUCGAUAUCGAGCAGGAGAUCGCUGCAUUGGAGCACAUGUUCAAAUGCUUCGACUUCGAGAUAUCCAAGCAAGUCAGGAUCAAGAAGCAACCAGACAACAAGUCACAACUUCCUGCUUGACAUCACAUUCUUUACCUUUACCCUUUUUGUUUGGAAGAGGCUUGAGGAAUUAGAAGUAAUUGAUUAGUAUUAUGACACAUUUUUGUGUUGUCAUGAGCAAAUGUACUAGCUCAGUUGCUCUAGUUUUAAAAUUUAAUCUACCGCUGCUUCAAACCUUAUAACAUCAAU